AUGGCGCUCGACCCGCCGCAAGAAGUGGUCGACUCAUGGUCGGCUCCCAACCUGGUCAACCCGGAGACACGAGGGGGUGGAUUGUUGAUACUGGCAAUUGUGCUGUCGGUGCUUGGGGCGAUGGCUUUGGCGUUGCGGAUAUACUCGAGGGUGUUUUUUCGACGGAACUUUGGCGCUGAUGAUUGGCUGAUCCUUCCAGCGGCGGCACGUCCUGUCCCCACAUGCACUGUUAUGACCGGAUGGUUCAAGUGGGGAUAUCAUGUGUGGGACAUGCCGUUCGAGAUGCGGCAAAAGUCGUUGUUGCUCACCUGGAUCGCCGAGAUCUUCCUGACGUGGUGCCUCAUGCUCACGAAGCUGUCCAUGUGCUUCUUCUAUCUCCGGCUACUGGGAGGCACGCAGAGUCGCACUCACAAACGCAUUCUGUACCUGUUGAUGGCAGUGAUAGCUACUUGGGGGGUUGGCUUCACCGUGGCCAUCGUCCUCCAGUGCAAGCCCGUCAAGGCUGUCUACAUCAUCAACUACCCCGGCGAGGAGUGUGUGAGUCGCCAGGGCGGCGCAAUCGCGCACGCAGGGCUCGAUAUCGUCACGGACUUGUUGAUAUACUGCCUGCCCAUCCGGAAGAUGUGGACGCUACAAGUUCCGCGGCGGCAGAAAAUUCUUGUCGUUGGGCUUUUUGCGUUGGGUGCCAUAGUUUGCAUCGCCAGCAUCGCUCGUCUCCCCGCCACCCUCCGCUCCAUGAGCGAGUACGAUGUCACGUAUUACAUGUGGACCUCGUACCUCUGGACAGUCCUCGAGUGCGGCGUCGGCAUCAUGAUCGCGUGCAUGCCGUCCCUCACGCCUCUGGUGGUCCGUUACGUGCCCGGGCUAGCUCUGCAACACUCCUCGCACGGCACACCACCAAAAUACAUCCAUCGCGGAUCGAAGACGAAGAUCCGCCACACCAUGGCGCGCGCAUUUCCGAACCUCCACGCCGCCCAUAGCUAUCCGCUCGCGGAUAUUUCCACGACCGUCACCGGUGUCGUCGGAGGCGAUUGGUGGGGCGAGAGCGAGGAGAAUAUCAUGCAGGGACAUAAUAAGAAUAAGGCACAGGUGCCGGUCGAGGGCAAGAUCACCAAGACCACGGUCAUAGAGCAGACGGUCCAUGACGAGGAUGGAAUGCUCUCGGCAUAG